UUGAAACGCUUCCGUGUGCAGAACGGGUGAUGAGACUCCAGUUCCCAUAUCUCCCGAGUUUGAAUGUGCGUGGGCAGGCUGCUGCAGAUGGCCGUGUGGUGUUGGAAUCGGUUUCACCGGCUGCUGAAGCCCCGCGGCUGUGCAGCUCGAUUUCUCAGUGGUGGAGUGACAGAGGAGAAGAAGCUGGUGAUCUGCGUUGAAGGGAACAUUGCAAGUGGAAAGACCACGUGCUUGGAAUAUUUUGCAAGAUACAGUAACAUUGAGGUUCUUCUGGAGCCGGUCUCAAAAUGGAGGAACAUCUGGAACCACAAUCUACUGGGCCUCAUGUACGAAGACCCUUCGCGCUGGGCGAUUACGUUACAGACCUACGUACAGCUCACAAUGUUACAGCAGCACACUCGGCCUCUGACGCUGCCGGUCCGAAUGAUGGAGAGAUCCAUCUACAGUGCCAAGUACAUCUUCGUAGAGAACCACUACCAGAGCUCCAUAAUGCCCGCUGUGGAUUACGCAGUGCUGACCGAGUGGUUUGAUUGGAUCGUGGGGAACACCAACGUUUCAGUCGAUCUCAUUGUGUAUCUGCAGACCACGCCCGAGACCUGCUACCAGAGACUGAAAGCCAGGUGUCGGAGCGAGGAGAAGAUCAUUCCUUUGGACUAUCUGAGAAGACUUCAUCAGCUUUAUGAAGACUGGCUGGUCAAACAGACUUCAUUCAAAGUCCCUGCGCCUGUGUUGGUGAUCCCUGCAGACCAGGACCUCGAGGAGAUGCUGGAGCAGUACAAAGCACACAGGGAGCACAUUCUUUAUCCCAAUUCCACCAUCUUUCAGAAACCGAACUUUACAAGAGGGCUGAAGCCAGCGACACAGUAGUGUGCAUUCUGUGACGGAAGGCAGACAGCCUGGGUGGAUAUUUGGAUUACAAACUGAAAAACUGAUUGCUGUCAAUAACGCAGAACCGUUGGUGGUACCGUGUUGAACUUGACACUAGAUCAUGCUGCGUUCUCUGAUUUGCUUUGUUAUUGUUCAUGUCAGGUGUGACCCACCCCACCCCCUUCCCCUUCUCUCACCCUGUCAGUGGGUCCUUCUUUUCAAGCGGCAACCCGCAAGUAAACAAGCCUCUCGGUUUUGGGGAGACAAGAGACAGCAGAUGCUGGAAUGCGUGUCAGGGAAGUCAGGAGACCAGUCAACGGUUCCCCUUCCCUCUGCAGGCACUGUGUGAUCUGAGUUCUCCCAGCAGAUUGCUUGUUGCAGGCACUUCUGAAGCUUGUAAUUAUGACAGGGCCAAUGAAAGGUCAGGAAUUUUUAUAGAGGAAACACCAAAACAAAUUUAGUUUCUGGUGAAACAGUGCUCUAGACCUGUGUCUCUUUCUGUUUACUACAAGGUGAUGAUCUCACUACUGUUCCAGUAUUGUGUCAGAGUCUGACCCAGGUUAAAUGUGACCAGAUUUCUUAGCCUAAUCCCUCCAGCCUGCUCUUGAUCCCUCCACGUUCGUGAGCCUGCCUAAAAACCCCAUAUCACCACCAUCUGGUCUGCUCCAAACACCCACCGCUCUCAGAGAGAAACUAAAAAUCUUCCACACUUCCUCUUUAAACUUCGCCGCUCACCUUAACUCCAUACGGCCCAGUAUUCUGACCUAAGUAAAAGGCUGUAGGAACAUGUAUAAACUUUAACUUCUCAACUUCACUGUUAGAGUUGAGGCUACACUACCAUCUCUCCCUUGUGACAGUCUGAGCCAAAGGAUGAAGCCAUCCAUUGGUCAGGGUCACUUGUGAUUGUUGCAUACUAGCUGUCUAACGUGAUACACAAGCCAGAGCUGUGUAAUUCAGACAGCCCAUGUAGCAGGCUCCCCCCUCCCGUGUAGCUGAUGAAUCCAAAGGAACGGCAGAGACUGAUACAGUUUAGUACCAGCACCAUCACGGGAGUUGCCAGUCAGCGUUGAACUCAAUGUAAGACUGUCUUAGGGACUCCAGCUCCUGAUUUUUUCCUUGGGGUUUACUCCCAAAGCCUUCCCUGUGAGUAGGUGCAACCGAAAGGCAGCGGAGGUUUAAGAUGAGAGUUCCAGAUGAGCUGCCAACCUUGGCUGUUGAACCCCAUCUGCCCGAAGCGACUGGUCUUAAGGUGCCAGCACUGCACCUUUGUCCUUUCUCCAGUAGAAACGGUUCUGCCAGAUUUUGUAGCUAAAGCCACAUGUGAAGGUGAAGAACUACAAUUUGAGACGAGCAUCAUUGGGAGCAUUUAAUGGGUAGUGGGAGUUACCUCCACCAUCUUCCCUGCUAUGAUGGCCAUGAAGGAUGAUGGAAUAGUAUACUGUUAAUUUAUUACAUUGUUGUAAUUUAAGUUCCAUUCCAUUUAAAGUGACAAAAGACUUAACAGUGAGCAUUCCUCACUCUUGGUUCUGACUGUCUUUCUGUUGUUUGUCAAAUUUGUCCCAUUUAUCUGUACUGUUUUUGUUGAUGGUCUAUCGUGUAAACAAAAUGGUGCUUGAAACAUCGGGAAUUUAUAGUUUCUUCUCUGUAAUUUAAAGUAUUGGCACAAUAUUGAAGCAGCCACUGAGCAUUCCCAAAGGCUUUGGGGAUGAAUUCAGGUGGUUUGGCGUCCCGGUUUGUGCCAUAAUUUCAAUGGAUUGUCAAAAUCUUCACAGGGUCAGUAAAAGAAUGUUUAUUAACUUUAA